UGGUAGUUUGAACUUGACUCUUGCUUCGGGUAGGCGGUAGUAGAAUUUCCUCUGCAUCGUGCAUAGUUUAGUUCUUAGUAUGAUGUAAAUUGUUCCGUGUCCUUCACAUUUCGAAGUACAUUAGACAACUACAGUGUAACAUCAACGAGACUGAUUUACAUUAUUCGUGUUUUUGUGAUAGCAGAAAUUUUGCUGCCAGUGAAGGUUUUAGUGUAUUUUAUUCUUUUCUUGAAAGAACGAUUUGAGUAAAUCCAGAAUGGCAUUGAAGUAAAACCAUUUUUAAUCGAAUUGUGAUGGUAUAUCUUGUACGAGAAAGGACAGUGUGACAAGAGAAAAUAUUAGCACUGAAAAGGCAAUAAGAAAACGUUCAGCCCGCGGGGAAGAAUUUAGGUUUCCGAAAAUCUUGAACAAUGCCUGAUGUUUCUUUUGACAGCAAAGCUAGAAUACAUAUAUUAGAAUCAUUUUGAGUUUCAUCCUUCGUUGCUUGUACUCGAAGUAAUAUGGCGGAAAGUGUUUCCCAUGAAAAAAACGAGCAGUAUGAGAAACUCAGAACAUCCCUGCCGGUUCCUAUGUUUUCACGCAGUGACUUCAACAUCUGGUCAGUGUUGAAGAAUUGCAUCGGUAAGGAACUGAGUAAAAUCACCAUGCCAGUCGUUUUCAACGAACCGUUGAGUUUUCUCCAACGGAUGACCGAGUAUAUGGAGUAUGCGAAGCUGCUACGGAUAGCAUCGGAACAGCCAGAUCCCAUCGAGCGGUUGAAGUAUGUGUCGGCAUUUGCCGUGUCGGCGUUGGCAUCCAACUGGGAACGGCUUGGCAAACCGUUCAAUCCGCUGCUGGGCGAAACCUACGAACUCAACCGGCCCGAGUUUCGAAUCAUCUGCGAACAGGUUUCCCAUCAUCCACCGAUUUCGGCAUUCCAUGCGGACGCUGAAAGUUUUACAUUUCACGGAUCCAUUCAUCCGAAGCUGAAAUUCUGGGGGAAAAGUGUGGAAAUACAACCGAAGGGAACCGUUACGGUGGAAUUUCCCAAGCUGGGUGAGGCUUAUUCCUGGAAUAAUGUGCACUGCUGCGUGCACAACAUCAUCGUAGGGAAACUGUGGAUCGAGCAGUACGGAAUGAUGGACGUCGUCAGCCACAAGCAUGGUCUGAAGGCAUCGCUUAACUUCAAGACUGCCGGUGUGGGCAAUAAGGAUUUGCAUCGCGUCGAAGGUCACAUAUCCGAUCGGAAUAAGCGGAAAAUUCACUUCCUGUACGGUAAGUGGACCGAGUUUAUCAAAUGUACGGACUAUUCUUCGUAUGAGGAGUACUGCAAGGAGAAUGGGUACAAGUUCAAACGAGGGGACAAGAGUCCUAACGAAUCACCCGGAACGACGCCACGCAAAGUGCUUUCCAAACUGAACAGUCUCAAAAUGAGUUCAUUCAGAAGUCUGUCGAUAUCAGAGCCGGAAGAUCCACCGGAGCCGGCCGAGGGAGACAUUCCGAAAAGUGAUUCGACCUACUCGAUAGACAUCCCGAAUUCGGUCACGCUCUGGCAGGCGGAGGCACGUCCUCGCAACACGGCAGAGUUCUAUCAGUUUACCAACUUUGCCAUGUCGUUGAACCAGAUGGAGGACCACAUGAAGCGGAGGAUCUGUCCGACGGAUUCGCGACUGCGGCCCGACAUUCGCAAGCUGGAACAGGGUGAUCUGGAUGGGGCAGCGGCGGAAAAGACGAGACUCGAAGAGAAGCAACGAGAGAACCGGAAGAAGUGUAAAAAGGCUGACGAAACUCUUUUCCCGAGAUGGUUCAAACUAACGAUAAAUUCUCACACUAAUCAGGAGGAUUGGAUCUACCAAGGCGGCUACUGGGAGCGCACGGACGAUUCGAUGGAGCUGGAUAUUUUUUAACUUGGGAAUCCCGAGAAUCAUCCCCCCAGCAUAAUCACAGCAGAGUGAGCAGUAAAAAUUUACCAAUCGCAUUCACAUUACGAAUACCAAUAAUAAUGAAAACAAGAAACAGUUACUUGUAUAUCUGUGCAUAUUUCAAUCUAACCAGUAGACGUUAUCAAAGUAAUAGAAUUACGGCAGACUUCCAUUUAGGUCGAAAUAUACAAAACGACAAACGUUCUGCAAUAGAAAAAAACAGUUUUACAAUACCCCAGAACAUGGUUUGGUACGGUUUCGGUAAAAUUUAAUAAACAGCAAUUUUAACCUACGUAAACAUGUUUUCCAACAAGUUCAAUGCAAUAUUUAGCUAAAUCAGAUCAACCCUCUUUUCUUUUGAGAUAUAUAUUAGUUUCAUGUUUACCGCAACCAAAUCUGAAUAUACAAUUUUUUCUGUUACUGUAAAGAUCAUUUACAAAAACUCCAAAAGACGCGUGUCUUUCCAUUUCUAUAUUCACCUUGGUGCAUAAACAAACAUGAACAAGCGAUUGGGUGAACAUCUAUUUUGUAGCUUCUUAUUUUACAAGAAGCCAAUAGCGAUAAAAGUGAUCAACGGUCUUUUGAAAGUUAGAGGCACACACACACAGAUUUCAUCGAGUGAGUAAGUGCCAAAAACAAUACAACUUGGCUUGAACUCUUAUACAAUUAGACAAACACGUUAUGAAUGUACAAUAAUUAAAUUGUGAAGAUAAAUGUUUUAGAAUGACCAAACAAAACAAAAAAAAAUAACAAUAGUUGAACGAGUUGUUAGCUUGUUGAUUGUUUAUUUUUGAACAAAAAAAGGGCAAUAAAUCUGCACAUCUUUAAAGAGUGCAGUUUUGAAACAUUGUAAAUGAACUUGGGAUAAAGGAAUGAAUAAAUAAACAGACGAAACAGUAUUCAGUAUUUGAAAGCAUUGAGAAUAGUGACCUAUUCCAAUACCGACACACACACAUAAUAAUUUGACAAUAUCUCAUUUAGAAUCAUUUAGAGAAGCUUAAAAUAUUAGCAGUUUAGAUGAUCUGAUAGUAACACGUAAGUAAGAGCAGAAUUAAUUAGCUUAUCAAAAUGCCAAUUGAAAGCAUGGGGUACCAGAUGAAACAAAAUCCAGCAAUCAACGAAAAUUUUAACUCCUUUUCCAAUUAGUUUUGCAAACACUAACAAACACAAAAAUGCUUUCCUCAAUAGCAAAAAUUAUUUUCACUUCAUUUCCUACUGACACACCUUAACAUUCCUCGAACGAGCAUUCAGUACACGUCAUCAAAUCAGAACGGAAAAAAGAUAUGAAUUUCACACGCUAAUGGAAGCAUGAAAAAAAACUAUCAGACACUUUGCUUUAAUGUCAAUUAUUGUAUACAAUACUUUUGAUAUUGACACGGCUUUUUAAUAUAUAUCUAGUGGGAAUCCCGCCUUCGAAUCAUCUCAUUCAAUUGCUCAUUCAUCUCAUUGUAAGGAGACAGAAGCGUCACCUAUAGUGGAUGUGCUUCUUUAUGGUAGAAAGUGUAGAGAACUCGAGUUCAUCAUCAUCAGUACUAAACAUUGUUCGAUUUCGAAUAAUGGCAUCGACUAAGCAAAAACUAAACAAAAUGAAACACGUGAGUGGUGCAUAUUGUUCAAUAGUGUUGAUUGAAACAUUAAUAAUAGACAAAAAUCGAAUCUAUAUUGAAAUUAAGCGUUAGAAAAUUAUAUAUAUUUGGGAUGUCAGUAUAAUAUCCGCUAGAUGUGAAAUAAAUGAUUGAGUAAAAUCAAA